GGUGAAUUCGUCAGAGUAAUACUUCGACUACAAAAUUUUUUGACUGGGUAUAACUAUCAGAAAACUGUAUCAAUUUGACAUAAAACUGUUUUUAAACCCCAUUUCUUUUGACUUUCUAAAACUACAAGUUAAAAAAAAGUAGUAUUAGAAUAUUUUUGUGAGUUAAUCAAGCAAUUUCGACCAAAAUGUUCGAAUUAUUUCUUUUUGUGGGAGUUGUCUUCUUGGUCAAAUACAUCAUUGAUAGAGGGUACAAGAAUGAGGACUUCUUUAAAGAUAAAGGAAUCAAAUACAUUAAGCCAACCUUUAUAUUUGGAAAUUCAUCAAAUCUUGUAUUGAGGAAGAAACCCAUCCUUGAGUUCUUCAAAGAUUCUUGCCUAGCCAUGCCCAAUGAAAAAUUAAUUGGAAUGUUUGAGUUCAGAACACCUUUUGUUUUGGUAAGGGACCCGGAACUUGUUAAACAAUUGGCUGUAAAAGAGUUUGAUCAUUUUUCGGAUCACCGAACUGUUAUAGCAAAUGACGCUGACCUUAUCUUUGGAAAAUCUUUGGUUGCCCUUCAGGGUGACGAAUGGCGCGAUAUGAGGGCUACACUUAGUCCAGCCUUUACAGGAAGCAAGAUGAGAUUGAUGUUUGAACUCGUGUCUGAAUGUGCUAACCAAAUGGUUAAUUUUGUCACGAAAGAAACGAAGGCUAACGGUGUGCAAACUUACGAGAUGAAGGAUUUCUUUUCUAGAAUGGCUAACGAUAUUAUCGCAACAUGUGCUUUUGGUAUUCAAGUCAAUUCCCUUGAACAUCAAGAUAAUGAGUUUUACGUGAAGGGCAAGGACAUGAUGAAUUUCACGAAGCCACUCAGAAUAAUCAAGUUUAUGAUCUUUAUGGUGUUUCCACAAUUGCUCAGCUUUCUCAAAAUAAAAUUGGUACCAGAUAGCUUGACCGGAUACUUCAAAAGCGCUAUCGUUCAAGCUAUGAAUUAUCGCGAAAAGAAUAAGAUUAUUCGUCCGGAUAUGAUCAAUUUGCUGAUGGAAGCAAAGAAGGGUAAUCUAUCUCACCAAGAGAACGAACAUGAUUCCGCUGGAUUCGCCACAGUUGAAGAGUCUGACAUUGGAAAGCGAAUAGUCAGAAAAGUCCUUUCAGAGGAAGAUAUUUUGGCACAGUGUUUUCUCUUUUUCUUUGCGGGUUUUGAAACAGUAUCAACAGCCCUAUCCUUUCUCUGCUACGAGCUAGCCGUGAACUCUGACAUUCAGGAAAGACUGUUCCAGGAAAUCUUCGAAAUCAGCCAAGAACUUGGGCAAAAUUCUUUAAACUACGACACGAUUCAGAAGAUGAAGUAUAUGGAUAUGGUUGUUUCUGAAACUUUGAGAAAAUGGCCUCCAGGACUUGCUACCGAUAGACUGUGCACGAAAGAUUUUCUUUUGGAUGAUGGUAAAGGUUUGCAGUAUAAGUUCAGUAAGGGCGAAUUCUUCAUGAUCUCAAUGGUUGGAUUUCAUCAUGAUCCUAAGUAUUUCCCCAACCCAGAUAAGUUUGAUCCUGAGAGAUUCAGUGAUGAAAACAAGCAUAAAAUCAUCUCUGGAACUUACUUACCCUUUGGAGUUGGUCCAAGAAACUGUAUCGGGUCACGCUUUGCUCUCAUGGAGGUAAAGGCUCUCAUUUAUUACAUCCUCUUGAACUUUAAGAUCGAACCUAAUGAGAAGACUCAGAUUCCUCUGAAACUGACUAAUGAACCUACAUUGAAAGCUGAAAAGGGUAUUUGGGUUCAGCUUACUCCGCGACUGAGAGAAUGAAUAUACUUGUCCAAUGGUUUUGUAAGCUUUUCAAUCGGUAAUGAAUCCGUUAAGAACUCGUAAGUGAUUAUGCUUGUGCCCAAGCUUGAUACGACGUACGAAUAUAAUCGAAGAAUUCAGCAUUUUGAAUUUUUGAAAGUCAGAGUUCAAACCAAAAUCAUGUAUUUUUUCGGUUCAUUUCUGAAACAGUUCAGACUUCAGACUAUUUUUUUCUUAAUUUUCGUAUAUGACUUAAAAGGUGCCCAGGCGAACAUUUUGUUCAUAUUUGGCAAUAGAUUCAAUGGCUUCAAUUCAUUCCAUUUAUCGCUUUUUUUAAUGUUAAAUGUUUAAGUCGUGUUAAUAAUCAAAGAAACUAAUUCUGCUGCAUUGUAAAAGGUCAAACGCUGAAAUAAACAUUUUACGAAUUUUGAAAAUUUAUAUAGGACAACUGUAUCAAAUUUCGGCAUAAUUGCAUGCAAUUACUAAAGUCUUAAGUUUUAAAUGUAAUAUUUUUAAUACAAAUUAAAUUUUAUUUUUACUUUUUUAUUAAGGAGUGUUGCUUGGAACCUUUUAGAUAGUUUAUCGUCUUUGUUUUGUCUAAAAUCAUUCUUAAUACAUUUAAAAAAAAUGAAUAAAAAAUAUAGCUUUGGGUACUAUUUCGGCCACUUUGAUUCUCAGAGUUCCUUACCCUUCCGGAGGUUUUCCAAAAUCUUUUCCACGUCAUCCACGUUCGUCGAAAUGACAUUUUUGGAUUUUUUGAGAUUAUCUAGGGGAUGCGAAAACUAAAAAUUUAUGGAAAUUUAAGUAGCAAAAAACGAGGCCGAAAUUGAAAGCUGGCCGAAAUUUCCAGCUGGCCGAAAUUCAGUACAGUUCCUCUAGUUUUCUGUCUGUUGAAUGAUGAACCGGUUUAAAUUGGAAAUAAAUAUAGUAAGUAUCUGGGUGGUAUGUAUUAGUAAUUUUUGAGAAGUUGAUAAAUUUUACUGGUAUAACGUAAUUAAUAUAAAUAAAUUAGCUACGGGAACAAUUUAAUUACUAAGUUUGGAAGUCCGCCAUCAAAUUUCCCUUAGAAUGUUUUCAAGAUAUUUUAGUGCACUGGCAUACCUUUAAUCAAGUGUCUGUAGAUUAACCUGAACUAAAAAUGUAUUAUAGUAUAAUUAAUUAUUAAGAAGCCUUUAAAAUAGAAAUAUAAAGAGUUUUUCAAAAUAAUUGAAAACAUCUUACAUGACCAUGAAUGAUGGAUUG